CCCCAGCGUGUCAGUCAUGCGAUGAAGAGAAACUCACUAGGCCGUCCCCUCCCACACGGAGCAGAAAUCCACUACAAAUGUACAACAAAGGGCACAGGUGCACUGCGAACUUUGCAGACAGACAGACAGGGCACUACCGACACACACAUGUGCGUGACAGACAAAUGACCGUUUGUGACGAAUGUGUGGGUAUGCAUGUGGUGGCCAUAAUGAUAUCAUGCCCACCGCAUCCACACCCACACCCACAUCAGGCAACAUCCACCCUCUCUCAGUCCAGAAAGCACACAAGCACACCACACCCAUGAUACCAACCCGGUGUUCCCCAGCCCCUGUCCCCUUCCCCACUUCCCCCACUCGUGUGUCUAUUUACAUGCUGAAGUCACACACAUAACACAGUACACUGACAGGCAAAAGGCACACACAACACCACACAACAAAAACUAUGCAGUGCAGACGCAUAACGCAAACAGCAAGACAGGCCAAGUGCUCUUCACACUUACGCAAACAUGCACACACAACACGCAACAGGCAUGCAUUCAUCUACAGACUUAAUGAAAGAACAGUGACGACACAUCGGAGGCAGACGAGUGCACAGACGGUGUGGGUCGGAUCGAAUCAGCUGAUUGGACCGAGACCUCUCAGUACCUCCGGAAGCCUGCACACAUGUCCCGGACAGAGAGCUGCCCUGUGUCCUAUGUGCUUCUGUCUCAUCCCUUACAUUUGUGGCGCCAGCAGCGAUAGCCGGACCGGCAAUGGCGGUCUUGACGACAAUCAUGAGGUCCUGCACAGCAAAAACCACAGAAGGGAGGGGUACGUGAUGAUGCUCACUCACUGUCGGGCCAGUCGUGGGUGCGUUGUGGUCGUGCUCACCCAGUGCACGCAGGUUGCCCGACGUCGCAGGCCCGUCCUUCUUCCCUUCAUCCCUCUCAUAGGUCUCAGGCUCAUCGACCAGCAAGUCCUCUUGUUCAUCCACAAUCGUCAGGCCAAUGUCAGAUCCAUCAACAGCAGCAGGAGGGGCAGCAGUAGUGGAAGCGGGAGCAGCAGCUGUGCUGGCCACCGUGGCUGAGGGCAUCCACACCGCCACAAGCAGAGAGGCGAAGACAACCAGUGUCAGGCGCGAGAAGAGAGCCAUGGACGCUGACGCCCAAUCGAGAGCGGUUGAAAGAGAGAGAAGGGGGAACUGAUUGAUCCAUCC